AUGCUUCCUCUCGAUAAAUCAAAACCUUUAUGGGAUAUUCACAUCCUCAACGUCAAAACAUCUGAUGCGGAAGCGGUAUGUGUGAUAAGAUCUCACGAUUCAUUAGGAGACGGAACAUCCCUCAUGUCUCUUUUAGUCGCAUGUACUCAUAGAACAUCAAAGAGGAACACUGCUUCUACUACCCAUGUUCUUAAACGGUGUAAAAUGGUGCCGACCAACAGAACCUCGAGGUUCUUAAGGUCAGUACUAGAGGUUUUUUCAUCAGUGAGACUGAUUUGGAAUACAUUCGUAGAUAUUUUGUUGGCUUUGGCGAUUGCUUUGUUCUUGAAGGAUACAAAGACGCAUCUAAAAGGAGAUAUGAGUGUUCAGAGUAAUCCGAAGAAACUUUGUCACCGAGUUAUCUCGUUGAAUGACAUUAGACUCAUAAAAGAAGUUAUGAACAUGACUAUCAACGAUGUCUUGCUCGGAGUUACACAAGCUGCUCUUUCGCGCUAUCUAAACAAUUUUCCUGGUCGAAUGCGAGUUACCGCAUGUGUUUUAGUAAAGCAUGUUUAUCAACAAAACUCACUUAAAGGUAGGUGCAAUUUUAGUCGAACGACUUUUUUCGAAUACGACGACGGUCAUUUCAAACAUGAUCGGCCCUAUGGAUGA